UCCAAAGUGUAUUUACAUGAUUUUGGAGCAGUAAACAAAACAAAUAUAUCAAUUAAAAAUUUAACGACUUUCUAUAAUUUUCUGCAUAAAAUUAUAUAAAUAUUCAUGUGAAACGUAUUCUAAAUAAUGUGAAUAUUAUCAAAAAUUAUUGUAAAUAAUUAAUAAGAAAUGUUAUGUUGACUUUACAAUUUGGCCAGUGUGGCAAUCAAUUAGGCUAUGAUUUUUAUUCUCUAAUCAAUCAAGACCUUCAAAGUAAAUCUUUCGCUCCAAAUGAUUACACAGAAAAUUCCAUAUCAAAAUGGUAUGAAAUAUCAGAAAAAAGUGGAAAACAAAUAGCAAAAGCUAUUUUAAUUGAUACUGAAACAAAGGUAUUGAAUCAAAUAAUUGAAAAAAAUAAAAAAGAUAAUUGGUUUUAUCGGAGUAAAAAUGUUAUUACCACUGGAGAUGGAGGUGGUGCUGCAAAUAAUUGGGCUUAUGGGUAUUUGAAGAAUGGUCCAGAAUUUGAAGAAUUAGUAUUAGAAGCUGUCAGAGUUGAACUAGAACGUGCUGAUAGACUAGACGGAUAUCUAUGUUUAUUAGGAUGUGCUGGAGGUACAGGAUCUGGUUUAGGAAGUUAUGUAAUAAAAUCUUUAAGACAAGAAUUUUCUACUAAAAAUAUUAUAAGUAUUUUAGUAUUUCCAUUUACAUUUGGAGAAGUGGCCACACAAAAUUAUAACAUUAUUUUAAGCCUAGCUGAAAUUUUUGAUAAUUCAGAUUUAAUUAUUACGAUACAGAAUGAAAGAUUAAAGAAAGAAUUAUGUUACAAAUUAGCUGGAUCAUCAAAGAAUGAUAAAAUUAAUUAUCCUAAUGAUUUAAAUAAAAUUGCUUGCCAAAAAUUGAUAUCAGUUUUUCAGCCAACAAUAGAUGACAAUGCCAAGUAUAACAAAGUUAAUUACAUGAUAUCCAAAUUGGUUCCUCAUCCUGGAUAUAAAUUUACGUCAAUUGAAUCUAAUGCUGUUAAUUUGAGUUUAACUGACACUACAGCAUUAACAUGGCAAUCACAAUACAGAUACCUCAAGAAAAAUUUAAUCGUCAGCUAUUAUGAAUCAACUAACUGUGUCAAUCAAACAUCAAAAUCAUUAGCAAAUAUUCUUAUUACAAGGGGAUCAACUAAAUGUAAUACAAAAAAUUUCCUUCAACCUGAUACUGAUGAUUUUAAAAAUUAUAUAGAUUUAAAUAAAAAUGAUAUUUACAGUCAAAAUAUGAAAUGGAUGAUUAAUGAAGAAAGAUUUACACACUUUCAUCAAGAAAGAAAAUUAUUUAAUUAUGAUAAAUUAGCAACAGUCAUAACAAAUAAUUCUUGUAUACAAAAAACUCUUGAUGAUAUUGUAAGAAAAGCAUGGACCACAUAUACUUAUGGAGCUUAUUUACAUCAGUACAAAAAAUUUGGCUUAGAAGAUGAUGACUUUUUAAAAGCAUUUGCAAAAGUUGAAGCUCAGAUUGCUUCUUAUAAGUCUUUGGAAAGUAUUUAAUUAUUGAAGAGUAUUUUUUUAUUUACAAUUAUGUAUUAUUUUUUUACAGAUUAAUAAAAAUAAUUUGAUUAAAUCAUAUC